AUGAAGCUUGCACAUAUUGCAGAGAUAGCACAAAGACAACAAAUAUCAGACCAGCGCUACUAUCCACACAUGCCUCAAAUUGACAUUACAGUGGAAGGGGUCAGGAGAUUAUUAUCAAGCUUAAAGCCAUAUAAAGCAGCUGGGCCUGACAGCCUACAUCCACGUGUAUUAAAAGAGCUGAGCACAAUCAUUGCUCCAGCUUUGUGCAAGAUUUUCAGAACUUCUCUCCAGACUGGUGUAGUUCCAUCAGAUUGGAAACUAGCAUUGCUGAUACCAAUUUUGAAGAAGGGAUCCAAGCAAUUGCCCGCGAAUUACAGGCCAAUCUCACUUACGU